GGCUAACUAGAGUUCUGGACAGCUAAUGACUGAUGACUGUUGUUAGCCUGUAGUUGACACGGAUAUGAUGAUGUUUUGACCAUAAAAAGAUACAGAUUCGACUUGUUAUGUGUCUAAUAAAAAACUGAGGUAGAUAAAUAUCCCAACUGUACCCGAAAACCUGUUGCAGGGUGUAAGUUAGAGAACAAUUUCGUUGUUGUUGUAUCCGUUAGCCAGCUAGCUAGUCAUUUAGCUAACGCUAGCUACUGAUUACCACUCAGCCGUUAUUGAUUAUGUCAGAAUAAUGUGGAAUUUCUCUUUAUUGUUUCCGCGUUUUAAAUGCAUCAGGGGACCCGAAUUCAUCCAAAUACCCAUCAAAACAACAGAGUUUUGGGUCGUUAGCCCUAUAUUGUGCUAAUAAAAGGCCCGGAUGGAGCCGUGUGCAACAGGUGGCUCCGUGGCGCAAUGGAUAGCGCAUUGGACUUCUAGGCAACACUAGUGAAGUGAUUCAAAGGUUGUGGGUUCGAGUCCCACCGGAGUCGCAUUUUUAAAAAAAUAUGUAUUUUUUAAUAUUUUGUUUUUGUCAAUAAAAUACCGAGUUUUCAUGCACGCGAUUACUGGCAAAAAAAAAAUGUGGCUGAAAUGAUUUAGAAGUGUACUUGUAACAGUUACUGCAACAUCUCUUUUUGCGCUAAAAAUCUUUUAUGUAGCUAAAGAACAUUCAUUUGUGAUAUUCACCCAUUUCAGAAACCACGUUUACCCAGAUGAAUCGUUCAGUAUUGAUCUACACUGACCAAGAAUCUAAGGGUCUUAACCCAUUUUCUAAAUGAAAAGACACCAACCCUCGUCAUCUCCUAAAGACUACAUUACCCAGCAUCCGUCGCUGUUUCCUGCUGACCGGAGGAGGAAAGCACAUGGAUUUAUUUACAAAACCUCAAACAAAAUCGUUUUCGGCUCCACAAAAAACAACGUUAUAUGCUAAUGUAGGACGUUUAAUGUCUUUUCAGCCUGCAGAGGAGCUCGUAUUCAGCUUUAGACGGCGGUGUGAAGGCGUCUAGCUCUCAUUAAUCGUGUUUUUGUCCGUGUUUUGAGAGGUAUCUCCGCGCAGCAGGGAGCAGAUGGAGGGCGACAGAUGGGCUUCAACACGCCCGAGAAAGUAGGACACGCCCGGCUGGAUUAAUCCCAGGAUGGCCGGUGGCACCGCGGAGCACUGAACUCAACUCUAUCCAGUCUCCUCACCCUGGUUCCAUUCUGCUGUGCUACUGACUUUAAUCAGGAGGUGCAUUCACAAAGCAGGAUCUCCCAGCCAGCCAAAGAACUUCAUCCAAAAGUCAGAAGUAUCCAACAGGAGGAGAGGUAUGGUGGAUAACCGUUACGCCACAGCUCUGGUGAUAGCGUGUGUGCUGAGUGCUCUGGCCACAGUGUAUCUGUCGGUGGCGGUGGGCACUCAGCACUGGUACCAGUACAGCAGCCCCCCGGUGUACGGAGAGCACAACGCCUCUGAGCUGCGCUCACUGCGCGAUGAGUUCUCAGACGGAGAGUUCGAUGAGAAAACGUACAGCGACUCGCUCUUCCGCCUCAAUGGAACGGUGGGCCUGUGGUGGAGGUGCCUGCAGGUGCCCACCGACACGCACUGGUACAAAGAACCCGAUCCUAAGAUGGUGAUGGAGUGUGUGAGCUUCACUCUGUCUCAGCAGUUCACACCCAAGUACAAGGAACCAGGCAACCACAACAGCGGAGAGGACAUGAUACGAACCUACCUGUGGCGGUGUCAGUUCCUCCUGCCGCUUGUCGCUCUAGGGUUGGUGGUGCUGGGAGGGCUGGUGGGUUUCUGUGCAUGUGUAUGUCGCAGUCUCAGCCCCACCCUCGGUAUUGGACUGCUCCACCUCCUUGCAGGUCUGUGUUCGCUGGCCACUGUUUGUUGUUUCCUGGCGGGGAUGGACCUACUGCACCGUGUCUCGGUGGUUCCUGACCGUGUGGACGCCACUCUGGGCUGGUCACUCUACCUGGCCCUCAUCUCUUCGCCACUACACAUGAUGGCUGCUGCCCUGCUGGUGUGGGCUGCACGAAGCCACAGCAAGAGUUACUACCGCAUGACCGCUUACCGGGUGGCCUAGAGCCUGUCCAUCAACCAGUCACACAGCAGGAAAUCCAGGCUUAGUGUAUCGAGGGUUCAUGCAUCACCCUGAGCUCUGUUUGCGUAUUUCUGUUAGGGCUGCAACUAAUAAUUAAUUCCAUCGUCGGAUUAGUCUGUCGGCUGUUAUUUGAUUAAUCAGCUGAUCUGACUAUUCUGCCUUCUGGUCCUCUCUCUUUUCAAGCCCCCUACAUUUCCUGUAGUGUAUUACAGUCUAUCAGAAUGACUGUGUGGAUCAAAUAAACAUUAUAGAGCAUUAUAGAACAUUUUUUAAAUCAAACAGUAGAAAAAAGCUCAUAUGAACAUGAUAAAUUACGGUUGUUUUUUUUGGCACGUCAGCUUUUUCCAUUAUCGACUACUAAUGAAAUGGAACAAUUACGUGUUGCAGUCCUAAUUUCAGAAUAAUCCUGGAUUUCCUCCGUCUUGCUUUGGAGCUCUUAUCUGCGGUUUUAGGGCCCGAAGGUUUUUGCUCCAGUGCUAACGGCUGGGUUUUCUGUACACUGACGCUAAAUCAGCAGCCGAAAUGUGCUCAGAGGCUAAUCUGCUAGCUGUUGUGAGAGUAAUUGCCUCCUAGCUGCUUUCCAUAUUGAUGGAGGAGCAGAAAGUCCUUGAAUUAGUCAGUCAGUAACAUUAUAACACUAUCUAUAAACUCAAAAACCUGAUGUUUGGACACUUUCAUUGCACAGACCUGCUGCUGCUGCCCAUUGUGUUGAAUUUGGGCCUUAAUGCUUUAACUGCAUGGCUUCAUCGCUGUACUGUAGUUUCACUCCCUUUAUGAUUCUACCAGUUUUUUUUUUCCAAAAUUCUGCAUAAUUAAACGGUAAAAUGUUAACAGACUCAUUCAGAGUGGUUUGGUGUGAAACACUCUGUUCUAGAGA